AUUUGCAUAUACUCAAUCUGUUCCUUCAGUUCUCGUUAUUGGCUCUCAAUUUUUGCACUUCUUGUUUGCCUUGAACUCCAGAAGAAACACCAUGUCUGACAUCCAGAAAGGAAUAGCUUUGCUGAUUUCAGCCUUUAACAAAUACUCAGAAAAGGAGGGAGACAAAAAGACCCUGAGCAAAGGCGAGCUCAAGGAUCUGCUCACAGCAGAGAUGGGAGACAUCUUUAGGAAAUCCACUGACAAGACAGCUCUGGACAAGAUUUUUAAGGAUCUGGAUGCAAAUGCAGAUGGCACUGUGGACUUCCAGGAGUACGUCACCUUGGUCGCCUGCCUCACUAUGAUUUGCAAUGACUUUUUCAAAAAACAAUGAUCUUGUCCUUACAGAACGUUUAUCUGUAAAGUGGUGUUGCAUCUGAAACUAACAAUAAAGGUUUUUAAUGAUUUGAAUUAAAUCUGUAUUCUUACAAUAUGUUGGUGUGAGUGUUCUUAUUUGUAAAUGUGUGUUUAUGGUGUUUGUGGCUUCAGCUUACAUGCACAUGAAGGUUAUUCCUAUAGAUAUAUUACAACUAUAUGCUUCAAUUUCAGAUGGAAAUGUUCACCUGUAUACCACGACAUUCCUAACAUAAUACGUACAUAUAAUGAAUUGUCAAAUUGCACUAGAAA